CCCUCUGUCACCUUGCCUUUCAAUCCCUCCCUCCCAGACAGAAGGGAGGAGGUGGAGCGCAGAGACACAAAGGAAGAGGGAGUGAGCAGCUACUGCCAUCAAGGUGAAGGAGACACAGUCAAUGAGUGAAUGUGAUAUGAACUGACAGGCUGGGAACUCAUUCAAGUACAAACCAGGAAGAGUUGAAAAGAGAAAAAAACCCUGAUAUUUUGAAGGCUGUUUUCUUUUUGGAUUUGCGGCCUCAAGGGGAGAUAAUAUUUGUAAGAGCCUCGGCCCUCCUUCCGGUCCCACUUGGCCAUGGUGGACCUGUUCGUUGACCGGGUCUUGGUGAAGAACAACAGGGACCAGGAUGAGCUGGAUACAGAGCGUGAGAUUGUCAUGCGCCUGCAGAACCGCAUCCUGAUGCUCUUCUUUGCAUCUGCUGCCUGUGAGAGCUGCCAGCAGUUUGCGCCCACGCUCGCCGACUUCUUCAAACGCUUGACAGAUGAAUCCUAUGUGGAUCGCUCAGCUCAGCUGGUUCUCCUGUACAUUAGUUUGGACGAGUCAGAGGACGAGCAAGAAAGCUUCCUCAAAGAGCUGCCCAAGAGGUGCCUGUUCCUGGCCUACGAGGACCCCUACAGGAGGGAGCUGGAGGCCAUGUUUAAUGUGGAGGAGCUGCCCACUGUGGUGGUGCUGCGUCCCGACUGCUCCAUCCUCAUCCGUAAUGCAGUGGAGGAGAUACUCAGCCUCGGCCCAGACUGCUACCGCAACUGGCAGGAAGCAGCAGAGCUCAUCGACAGGAGCUUCAUGAUCAGUGAGGACUUUGAGCAGAAGUCCAUGCGCAGCUGGACGGACCCUGUGAGGAGACUGAAGUACAAAGUGGAAGAUGGGAAGAAGAAAAAGAAGAAAAAAAAGCACAGAGGGGGAGAGGAGGAUGCAGAGGUCGACAAAGACAAAGGAGGGUUACCAUUAUGAUGGAGAACAACAACAAGAGGACUUGACUGAGGUUGCCAUGAUUAGUUAUUAAAGCUUUGACACGUUCUUCUACAGAUGCAGCCAAUGUUUUCACAGCUGAAAGUCAGAAAAUACAGACAUUCCUCAUCCUUUUCAAGAAGUAGAAAUGCCUAACUGAUGUUACUGUGACUGUGCUUUGCUUUCUUUAUCAGCGCUAAGCAACAGCUGUGGUCUAACAUAAGUUUGGGCUAUGGAUAUGCCAACAACCAAUAAAAAGUUAUGUAAAACACUA